UUAAACCCCUCGUCGGAUAAAGUUUCACAACGGAAAGCCAAAAAGAAAAAAAGAAAACAGAACAUGCAGAAACUCAAAGAUGGUAUUUUGCUGGCGUUAUUUUCCACUUUUGACCCUCCAAAUUUACUUACUUUUCCCACUUACAAAUCCCAAAGUCAAAAAAUACUUGAGACACAGAGAACUGUUGUUCUUCUUCUUGUUUUUGUUGUUUUCCGUUCAUGGAGUUGAGCUUUGAAGUGGAAGUUGUGAUAGAGUUUUUGAGGAAAAAUGGAUUGAAAGAAGCUGAGAAAGCUCUUCAGGAAGAUAUGAUGGAGAAAAAUGAAGAAGAAGAAAAAGAAAAAGUGGGUGCUUUUGAUUCUGAGAAGUUAUUGUUCCCCAUGCUGCAGCCGGUUAGGAUUCCGGCGACAUCCCGGCGAUCGGAGGUGGAUGAGAAAGUGAAGUCCAGUGAUGGGUCGGAUUCAGAUGGUGAUGAGUUUGUCAGCUUGAGGUCUUCUAUUAGUGAUGUUUGCUCUUCAGACAGAUUGUCCCAAUUUGGAACAGCACGCGAGUAUCCUGAUUUCAACAUUCAGAAUGACUUGUACUUGGACAAGUUUGUCACAACUUCGGAGACCAAUAAGCAACAUAACAAAUCAAAAGGAUUUCAAACAGAAGAAGGAAUUGAUUACUUGGACAAGCCAUGCCGUUUUAAUAUGGUCAGCAUAAAUGGGGAAAAUGAUAUUCAAGUGAUGGAUUAUUAUCAUUUUGAUAAAUGUAAUGGGCUUGAAGGGGACAUUGAACCGGAGUUGAAGAACUGUGCUUAUGGUUUUUCACUCCCACUUUACAAAAGUUGUGAGGGACCAGGUCUUUAUGAUGAAAAUUCUGUGAAGUUGAGCUACAUGAGCUCCAAAGAAACUGAUUCGGAUGAUCUUCAGUUAAAGGCUGCUGGAGACAUUAGCGCAGAUUAUAAUAGAGCUUCUGAACAUGAAUCUAACCAGAAUCUUUACUCUGCCAAAAGGGGUUCAAACGAUUGGAUUGACGGGUUUAAAGGUGAUUCUGACUUGGUGCACAAGAUUGCCGAGAAAGAUUUGUUACUCAAUUAUGGAGUUGAAGAUGAAGAAGACAAUGGAGAACUUAAUGAAUCUCAGGUUGCUGCAGAUGAAGAGGGUGAUGCUAUGGAUGAAGUUCGGAUGUACUCUAAUGAGGAUGAAUAUGAAGUAUUCCAUUUGCGAAUCAUUCAUAGGAAAAACAGGACUGGAUUUGAAGAAAGCAAGGACCUGCCUAUUGUGCUAAAUACCAUCAUUGCUGGAAGAUAUUAUGUAACAGAAUACUUGGGUUCAGCUGCUUCUAGUAAAGUUGUUAAAGCUCAUGAUCUUCUUAUGGGAAUAGAUGUUUGCCUGAAGAUCAUUAAAAAUGAUAAAGAUUUUUUUGACCAGAGUUUGGAUGAAAUUAAACUUCUAAAGCUUGUUAACAAGCAUGACCCUGGAGAUGAGCACCAUAUUCUGCGUCUCUAUGACUACUUUUAUCAGCAGGAGCAUCUGUUCAUCGUAUGUGAACUCCUUCAAGCAAACUUGUAUGAAUUUCAGAAAUUCAAUCAAGAAUCUGGUGAUGAAGCUUAUUUUACACUCAGUAGGUUGCAGGUCAUAACUUGUCAGUGCUUGGAGGCACUUGAUUACUUACAUGAUUUGGGAAUUAUUCAUUGUGAUCUAAAGCCUGAGAAUAUUCUAAUCAAAAGUCAUAGAAGAUGUGAGAUAAAGAUUAUUGAUCUUGGAAGCAGUUGCUUUCGGACCGACAAUAUAUGCCUAUAUGUUCAAUCUCGUUCCUAUAGAGCUCCAGAAGUCAUCCUAGGCCUCCCAUAUGACCAGAAGAUUGACCUGUGGUCUCUUGGAUGUAUCCUUGCCGAGCUAUGUUCUGGGAAAGUGCUGUUUCCAAAUGAUGCAAAUGUAACGAUCCUUGCUCAGAUGGUUGGAACGCUAGGCCCUAUUGAUCUGGAGAUGUUGGAGAAUGGGCAAGAGACACACAAGUAUUUCACAAAAGAAUAUGAUCUGUACCAUAUAAACGAGGAGACAAACCAAUUAGAAUACAUUAUCUCUGAGGAGUCUUCACUUGAACAUCAUCUUCAAGUUUCCGAUGUGGGGUUUAUCGAUUUUGUUAGACAUUUGCUUCAGAUGAAUCCUCAAAGGCGUCCGACUGCUAGGGAGGCACUAGAACAUCCAUGGCUGUCUUACUCAUACUAAACCAAAACUCCUUCGAUUGCUCGAGCAAUAUCUUAUGAGCUGAAUGCAUUAGAACAUCCAUGUAUAGCAACAGCACUUAUCACACUUCAUAUUGAUUCACAUUUUUUCCUGUACAAAACUCUUUCCCCAGUUCCCCCUGUACUUUGUUGGGGCUGUAAAACACAAGCCCUUUGUUUCCAGUGACAAGAAAGUUACAACAGAAUCGUUUAGUUCAUUGAUUGGAAUUCUUUAUGCCA